AUGGCCGCUCAGUCGGUUCAGCCGCUUCGAAUCCAGAAAGGUACAGGAGUCUCUUCACCAUCCAAGAUGAAUCGCCCGCUCGCAGAGCUGAGCCCGAUGGGCAUUCGAAGAAAUUCACCAAGCUUUCCUCAAAGCAACAAGAACAAUACUUUCAGAGGUGAUUCAUCUCCAUUCGAAUCACCACCCACUGGAACAAAAUCCGCAAGUUCGCCUAGGUUGUUCUGGCAAGGACGUGAUCCAACUUCACCGAACCGAGCAAGCAUCGAAAAUCGCAGCCCGUAUGAGCAGGAGCAGUCACCAGUGUCUAAUAAACGAUCCUCCAUCGAGAACUUGAAGAAAGCUUCGCGUGUCAAGAACAGCAGCAUGUUUGCUCGAGAACAGAAAAAUGAAUAUGAUCCGGCACAAGUCACUGUUCCCGAGCGCCCACUUGCCACGGGCAGACCGCUGAAUGUGCAGACACAAGGCAAUGCCUUUGGUGGUCAAGGGUUGGAGGGUAUACGUAUGGACAAUAUCCGACGACAGGCUGAAGAGCAGAUCAAACACUCCAUGGCCGUGCCAAUAGAGAAGAUAUCUCCACCGAUGAGUGUUGCGCCUCUGUCACCAAGCAAGUAUAGUGCCUCACCCGCCAAAUCGUCGCUAUCCAAGAAGACUGGCUUAAAUGCUCGCAGUAUGGGCUUCGAUCCCGAAAAUGGUGUCUGGUCAGAUGAAGAAGAUUCAGUGGCAGAGCGUAAGCUUCCAGAAGGUCGCGUUCUUCAGCGCCAUGCGAAGAGCGUUACUUUUACUCAAGCUCCACCUCAGAUCAACGAAUACGAAAUGACGACACCAGACCCAUCAUCCGUUGCUUCUGGUUCUCGCGAAGGGAGCUACGAGUCUGUUGAAGACGAAGAAGACAUUAGCUUCGACCGCGGCUCUUCCCUUGACCGCGAGGACAGUUUUGAUGCUUCGCUGGAGGACACUGACAAAACCCCCGUUGUACUGCCGGAAGAUUGGCGCUUCAUGAGCCCCGAAAUUGCCAGAACCGACCUUGUCAGGGAGGAGGAUGACGCAUUUGAUGGAGAGUAUGGCAGUCCCGAGCCGUCUGCCCAGCCGGGUUCAAUGGACAGUCGCCCGCAUCAGACCAGUGUCAAUUCAGUCGACUCAUGUGGUCAAGCACGGCCAUUACCUCCUAUACCUAACGUCUCGGCCGCGGCGCCUGGUAGUCCUCUUUCCGGCACUUUAGAACGAAUCUCGAGUGGCCAACGUUCCCUUCCCUCACCUCCGCAAGCAGCUGGUAUUUCCAAAUCCGAGAUUCGGCGCAUGAGUAGCAGUGGAUUGUCUUUGGAGGAUCGCCUGAAGCUAAUGCUGCUACAAGACCAGGACAGAGAGAAAACCAAGUCUGAAAACCAGCGAGAACGAAAGGUUGGGCGUGUUGAGCAGAAAGAGAAUAGCCCCGUGCGCGAUCAUUCACAAGCUGCAGAGUCAGGUGGCCCUUCAGAAAUUCCCGAAAGCACGAGAAAUCAUGGUGAAGAGACACACAUCUCACGAGAAGCAAUCUUGAGGAGACUCUCCAGCCUGCAAGAUUUGCAGGAAAACAGGUUCGAGGAGUCAACCACAUCACUCUCAUCCAAUUUACCAAGCUACCUUAACGUUGAUCCAGACAUUCCUAUACCAUCAACAGAAGAUCCAAGCCCAGUUCGCAGUGAAGAAGGUGUUGAAAAUGACAUCGUCAUCAAAGAGGAACCAGACGAAUGUUCCGAUAUCUAUUCUGUCCCAGAGUCAUACGAUGGACAAGCUCGAGCUGAAUCGGAUGACAUGGACACGGAAAGCCAGUACUCUCAAGCAAGCAUUCCUUUACACCCAAGUCUGACUCGGGACGAUGGACAAGACACACCUCGUGCGCAGAGCCCCGCGCGAGAGCCGGAGAAGAAGAGAUUGGUCGAGAAGGAACCAAUGUCCUUGCCAUUGCUCGCCGAUUUUGGCACGGGUAACAGUUUCGAUUUCGGGUUCGAAUCUUACAUGACACCUUCGCCACCAAUUGACAGAACAACAUAUGAAGUAGCCGAAGUACCACAUGAACAGCACUCGCAGGAUAUUAGUCGUCCAAUGACCCCGGUGGAGCAACUGCAAUCUCUGCCAAUGUCCUGCUUGGGCAAUGAAGCCUCAGCAGAGCCUGGGACCCCGGAUUCUGUCAUCCAUCAUCCCGUUACCCAAUCUCCUUCUCCCGAGGUCGUCGAAGAUGUAGCAACGGCCAAGGCUGCUGGAUCCGAAUUGAAGACACGACCCUCUACUACACCUGCGGAUGUGUCCAUUAUGGCCGCAACACGAAGAGAGGUAAGUGGACAGGCACCACCACCACAGGCACCUCCACCACAGGAGGUCUCGACUGGAUCAACCAGCGAGGCGAAGGAAGAUACCGCGUCAGAGGUCAACGCCCCAAGGGAGCCGGAGAAACGUAUCAGCAGUCUUGUGAAACUGGACAUCCCUGGCCGUCGGAGUGAUGAGAGUCUUGGAUUUGGCCUUGAGAAGGAAUUUGACCGCGUUGUUCAAGCCCAAAAGGUAGCGUUCGAGCUUUCACUUUCCCGUUUACACCACCCUUUCAAUGGACGUUUCCCUUAUUCUGAACUACCCGUUGUAGCAGACGGUUCAACACUGAAAAAUGUCUCCCUCCUGAAACCGCAAGGUGCUCGAGCUCUUCCAGGAGAUCAGCGAGCCUGGGGUCAUCAUUACCCAAUGGAUGGAAGUCAAUUUGCUAACAGAAGCCCUGACCGACAGAGAGGAUACCUCAUGCGUCAAAACACGAAAGUCGUUGUUGCUAGCAACAGGGUUGAGGAUGAAGUAAAACCCGCCGAGACUGUAGCGCCUACAGGUGCAGAGCCUACGUCGCGGAAGAUCAGCCAGCAAACUUGGGUGACAGAGCCAUGGAACGGCAAGUCUCGAAGGCGAAGUAUUCGCGCUACUGGCGAGACUGGCCCGCGAAAGAAAUGCUCAAAUGCUUCCGUUCCCCCUCUGCCUGGUCAAGCCAGCAACGCCCAAGACGCUCUCGGUGCUGUUCAUGAGGAUGAGCUCGCUGAGGAAGAGCCACAGGACUUUGACGAAAAUGCAGAAAGAGGGCGUCUGUUUGUUAAAGUAGUUGGGGUGAAAGAUCUGGAACUGCCUCUCGCAAGAGACGAGAAAUCUUUCUUUGCACUUACACUUGACAACGGCCUACAUUGUGUCACUACUUCCUGGCUUCAGCUGGGCAAGAGUGCACCAAUUGGGCAAGAGUUUGAGCUUGUUGUUCUCCAUGAACUCGAGUUCCAGCUUACCCUGCAGAUGAAGCUUGAGCAGCCAAAGCCGCAACCAGUACAGUCUCCUGUUAAGACGCCCCCUUCACCCGUCAAGAAGCAAAGCGCUUUCAGUAGAUUCUUCGGCUCGCCCAAAAAGCACAAGGAGAUCGAGGUAUCGCGUCCGACGUCCCCCAUCAAGCCACAACCCUUAUCUGCGUACGAGCUGGUAGAAGGCAUUGUGGGCCAGGAUGGAAGCUUCGGUCGCGCUUAUGUGGCCCUCAGUGAACAUGAGAGGCAUGCUUUUGGUCGGCCAUACACUGUUGAUAUUACUUGCUUCAAUGAGUGGGCUGUGGAGGAGGUAGCCGUAGGCAGUUCCCGAAGCAAGAAAAGUGUUACGGCGAAGCAUCGGCGUCCGCCAUAUCAGAUUGGUAAGAUGGAACUACAGCUACUCUACAUCCCAAAGCCGAAAGGUGCCAAGGACGAAGAUAUGCCGAAGAGCAUGAACAGUGCUGUACGAGAAUUGCGCGACGCGGAGACAAGAACAUCUCAUGUUUUUGAAGGCCACCUGUCACAGCAGGGUGGAGACUGUCCCUACUGGAGACGGAGAUUGUUCAAGCUUACCGGCUCGAAGCUCACAGCCUACCAUGAAACCACCCAUCAGCCUCGAGCGACCAUCAACCUCGCCAAAGCCAGCAAAUUGAUUGACGAUAAGAGUGCACUGACGAAGAAGGAGACAUCCACAAAAGGUGGAGGGCGUCGCAAAUCCGCGUUUGCUGAAGAGGAAGAAGGUUACAUGUUUGUCGAGGAAGGAUUCCGGAUACGAUUUGCAAACGGCGAGGUCAUCGACUUCUAUGCCGACUCCGCUGCCGAAAAAGGAGAAUGGAUGAAGGUCUUGUCUGAGGUUGUGGGCAAGCCUGGCUCAUCUUCUCAGUCCAAACCUUGGGUGGAAAUGAUCCUGAAGCGACAACGAUCUGUUAUUGCCAAAGAGGGACGGACAGUCAGACCAUCUCGCCCCGAACUUACGCCACAAAAGAGCAGCAGGGACCAAAUGCAGGAAGAGCUGGCUCAUCGAUCAGCAGCUAGACAAAGAGCUAUGCUGGCAGAGGAAGAAGCGCGGAAAGCAGCAGCGGCGUUCUCUCUUAGCAAGCGGAGCAGCAUUCCGCUAUUAUCUUCGAACCCACCACCAGAAAGAGGCCCAAGAUACUCGCAAGCGAUCCGAUCUGGUCACGCUAGGACAGAGAGCUAUCAACCAAGCUCAGGAUCUAGGAGUCAACCCGGCAGCCCCCUGAAGGCGAAGUUGAAUAAGGAGUCCCGGCAUCAGAAGGCAAAGAGCAUGAUUGGUAUGCAGUGGCAUUGA